AUGGAGGUCGCGGAACUUGCAGCCGCCAUGGCAGCUGCGGCGACUGCCAUAGCUGUCGGCCAGCGACAUCUCAAUAACAACGAGCGUCGACGUCAACGCCAUCUCCGGCGUCUACAUAACCAACAUCAAUUUCGAGCUCAACGACACCGGAAGAAGCAAAAGCUCGCGUCUCAGAGGUCGUCUAGUAUGCAUAUGCUUCAGGUCCAGGACAGAUAUUCCCAAUAUACCAACGCCAAUGCUGGCGAUUCCGUUUCGGACAGCGGAUACGACCCGGACGUGUCUUCGGAUACGGGGUCUGAUGCGGGUUCGUACGCUACACUUGAGAACAUGUUGCCCGCCCUUUGCACCCCUGUGAUUUCGUGA